CGUAACGCGUCUUUGCCCAUAGACUGAAAAAUUCUCAGCGAGGAUUUGGGAAAAGGCGAGAGGUAGCAUGAGGAACCAGGGUGUCGUCAAAGAGGAAAGGUUCCGCAUGAAGAGCUGAGCAGCAUAGGGAAACGAGAAGAAGAGGCCAGAAAUCCGAUUGACUCGAACCACAAUAGACACAACACAAUGGCAGAGGUAUCCGAAACAGUCUACACCCCACAAGAGGUCGAAGCAACCUUGGAACAAGCAGUUGCAUCUGCAGAAUCCCAGAUUGAGGAUCUGAUUGCCCAAGAGGCUGAAGUUGAAGACGAAGCAGCCCUUGACGCUGCUGCCGAGGCGGAGGCCGACGCUGUUGCAAACGCUGUUCUGAACGAGGCGGUCGCCGAAGUCGAGAAGAAGUUCGCUAACGACGAAGAUGACGACGAAGACGACGAAGACGAAGACUCAGACUACGACGACGACGACUUCGAUCCUGCUGACGAAACCGUUCUUGAGCGUAUCGAGGCUUUGAAGGACAUUUUCUCGCCAAAGCAAAGAGCCUUUGUCACGAACACAGUUUCCGCCGUCGUAUCGGGCUCCAAGACUCUGACCCUCAACCUCGGUUCUGCGCUCUGGUAUGUUGCCACCACUAGUAUGUUGGUUGGUGUUCCAUUGGCUGUUGCCAUUUUGAACGAAACACAGUUGACCGAGUUAGAGAAGGAGUUGAACGGUGCCGGCAUGGGCGUUGCAGCACCAGCUGCCGCCCCAGCUGUAGAAGAAAAGAACUGAUGAUGACACUUCGAUAAGGCUCUUCUAUUUUAUGUAAUGAAAAAUCUCCCACAUAACUGUAUAUAAUGAAUAAACCCACGGUUUUUUGUUACAUGGUAGCAG